UACCGAUUCACACUGGCAGACGCGAUGGUAGGCGCAGCGCUUUUCGAAGCGAUGGGCUGGCAUGCGAGCGACGACGUACCGCCGCUCGAGCACCUCGAGAACGACGUUGACGACGAUUUGGCCGCGCUGGAUGAGGCGGCGGAAGCGGCGAACCAAGGUAGCGCGCUCUUCUCGUACGCUGUAUUGCUGGCGCUGCUUCUGUAUCUUGGUGCAUGCUACGUCGCCUUCGCCUUCCCGCCCGAGGCGGUGCCAUGGGAAGUCGAGUUUGCGAUCCCGUACGACCCGGCGGCGAUGGCCUCCAACUGCUCCGUGGCCUUUACGCGACUGCCAGCCAUCACAUCGUCGCGUAUCCUUACCUAUGAGAUCGCCGCCAUCUCCAACACCACGAUGUUUCAUCAAGUGCUGCAAUACACCAUCCACGUCGACGGCGUCCUCGUUCUGACCGACUUGGCCAUCUUGCCACGGAACGAGACCGUGGCCUUUACAACACACGAGCUAUCGGACCUUGCCACUGGACACCAUGUCGCGUCAAUUGAGCUCCUCGUGCCACUGCCCGGCGGGCACGAAGAGCGUAUUUCGACAUCACGUCGCUUCACACUAGUGCCCGACGGCCACAAGGUCGUCAAGGUUGCGCUACCGAUCCGACAAUCAAGAAAGAUGCUGUCCCUCGACCAGCUCGUCGCUGCGUCGCGCCCGCGCAUUGUUGCGCCGCUGAAUGGUACUGUGCUGCGCUUCCACGAGACCGACGAUCGGAGCGUGCGCGUCCGGUACCGCCGUCCGAGCGACGGCAAUACGACGCUGCUGCUCGAUGGCCGGCCGCAGCCGCUACCGCUAUCGGCCCCGACCGAGUGGGUGGCGACGACCACCCUGGCGGACGUCGGGCCAGGGAUACACGUGGUGACGCUCCUCGUGGGCUGUGACGUGGCGGACCACGUGACCUUCUUGGUUGCCAGCGAUACCGUCGACAUGCACUUGUAAAUCAUCAACUCCCAUACUUCAUGCCUC